AUGCAUUUCCUCUGUCUACACGGUGCGGGUACAAACCGCGAUAUCCUCGAACUCCAAACCGGAGGACUAUGCAGCAAACUCGAAGAAAGUGGCCAUCAAUUCACCUAUGUGAACGGAAGCCAGACAGCCAAAGUUGAAGAUGAACUGGAGGGCCUUGUUGACGGCCCCUUCUACAACCACUAUUCCCGCGGUGAUUCGCCAGGAUCGACCGUCCUAGAAGCCUUUGACCACACCAGGCGCAUUAUUAAUGCUCAAAAGGCUACCGGAAGGCCCUUUGAUGGAGUGCUGGGCUUCUCGCAGGGUGCUGCGCUGGCCGCAUCUAUGAUCAUUCACCACAGCAGGACCCGCCCGGCGGAACCACCGCUGUUCCGCGCCGCUGUCUUUAUUUGCGGAGCGACACCCUGGGAUCCUACGGGAUUACAGCAUCUAGAGCGGAAGGACGCCUACCCCAUUGGGAUUCCCACGGCGAAUAUCGUCGGUAAGUUGGACUCGCUGUACCCCGAGAGCAUGAAGCUGGCGGAUCUCUGCGAGCCCUCUAAAAUGUCUUUCCACGAUCAUGGCAUGAAGCAUAUGGUAGCGUUUGAUGUGAAGAAUACCGUGGAGAUGGCUCGGGUGAUCAACGAGGCGGCUGCCAAGGCCUAA